UUCGCGGAACCAAAGAACUGUGCGCCCUGUGAUGGCAACGGCGUGGUGUGAGUGUAGCACUGGGUCCACUUGCUGCCGUUCCGCUCCUUCCGGUUGCGGGGACGUUCGGACUGGACAGAGCGGUCGCGGGUUCCCUCUAUGUAACUCUGAUUGGAAUGCUGUCAACUUCUAUCACUUGGUGUUACGUAUCCCUGAUCACCUGGUGGAGCCUUUAAAGAGAAGAAUUACUACACUUAUGGCUGGCAUUUUGCGCUCAGUAUUUCAGAGGCCUCCAGGCAGACUGCAGACAGUGAAUAAAGGUGUGGAAUCUCUCAUUGGUACAGAUUGGAUUCGUCACAAAUUUACCAGAUCAAGAAUUCCAGAUAAAGUGUUUCAGCCAAGACCUGAAGAUCAUGAAAAAUAUGGUGGGGACCCCCAGCACCCUCAUAAACUGCACAUUGUUACAAGAAUAAAAAGUACAAAAAGGCGCCCAUACUGGGAAAAAGAUACAAUCAAGAUGCUUGGGCUUCAGAAGGCACACAGCCCUCAAAUUCACAAGAAUAUCCCUUCAGUGAACGCAAAGUUGAAAGUGGUCAAACACUUGAUACGCAUCCAGCCCCUGAAGCUGCCACAAGGACUUCCCACAGAAGAGACCAUGUCUAGCACGUGCCUCAAGAGCAAUGGGGAAUUGGUAGUACAGUGGCAUCUGAAGCCUGUGGAGCAGGAAGCAAAGUCUGAUGCCACACAGCUGCAGGUUACAAAUCGCAGUUGCUGAGGAACUCAUUAAAGUGUAUUUCAAUCCA